AGAAAGUUAGAAAUGUCAGCGUUAGAGUAAGAAUUUUGAAAUAUCAUCACAAACUGCUAUUCAUUUCCACAUUUUUUCUUUAUUUCUUUCAACUUUCUCGUUAUUAGUUGGACAACUUUUAUUUACAACCUCUUAAUAUUCUUUACGACUUUUAUCGACCGUUCUCUUUCGUGAUUGCUCGAACAUCCACUACGUACUUUCUUCCUACACGGUAACUUGUUUAUAUUUUUCUUUUUUCGCGGUCUACGGAUCAGCUUCAGUGUUAUUUUGUAUUUCACUUGACACUGUCCGUUCCCAUCUUCGAUUGGAAAGUAAUCAUUCAAUAGUUGAAGUUGUUGAUACGUGUCACCCGUUGGACGUCGUGAGCGCGACUGCCGCGAAAUUCAUUCAACAGGCAGCCAGGAUGUGGGCGGGGCGUGCGGGACGCGGUGUCAUUGGGCGCCAGGCCGCCGCACAAUGAUGGCGGCCGUCGCAUUCGGCCAAUGAGCGGCGCGCGAGCCGAACGCGCGUCCGUCCGUCAACCGGCGCGACGUUGCCAGCUUUUCAGAAAAAAAUACCAGAUUCGACCUUCUUAGGACCCCCGGUUUUUUUUUGUUUAGCCGCGUUAUCAUUCGGGAACGUCUAUCGAGGUCCUUAUCCGUAGUGAUGGUGUUGGUUCGCAGGUGGUUCCUUGGUGUAGUGUAGUGUGUAUUAUGGUGUGGUCGACGCCAUCGGGAGAGGUGUUGAUAGACAUCGUUACAAGGCCCGGCCAGACGGACCACGGGCACGGCGGCGGGCUGGCGUACGGCGGGAAGCCCACAGCUGGGGCGGUGGUGCAGCCUCGCGCCCCCUCCACGCCAUACCAGUACCCUCCACUGCGCCUGCACCAGCCUGGAUAUGGAUCUGCUGCGCUCACAUACAGGGACAGCGGGUACUCGCGCGGCGGCGGCGCAGUGGGCGAGUACCGCGGCGGCGCGCGCAUGUCCCUGCUGGGCAACUACCUGCCGCCGCCAGCCCCGCCGGCGCACCACCCGCCGCCGGCCGACCCGCCGCCCUACAAGAAGAUCCGCAUCGCCGCCGACAGGGCCGUCUCGCACCACCACCAGCUCAGGGUCGAUACCAGGGAGCCGGUGAACACGUAUAACACGGUGGAGGUGCUCUCCCCCAACCCCCCUUCGGAGCCCACGGUUGAAGACCAGAGCUUCCGGACCACCAAGGAUGAGCUGCUACAGCAAAUAUCUAAGGUGGAUAGAGAGAUGGCGCUGUCGGAAUCGACUCUGGCCAAGCUGAAGAAGAAGCAGGAGGAGUUGGAGCAGACAGCGUCGAAGCCCACGAGGGCGGAGGAACCAGAGGAGGCGGUGCCGCGCCACCGCAGCCUCGCGCAGUGCGUCUACGCAGACAACAGGAAAAAGGUAAAAGCAUCAGCGGCGCACGCGCUGCUCGCGCACCUCGGGCCGCCCAUCCUGUACCCGCUGUACAAUCAGCCGCAAGACACGGAGGUCUACCACGAGAACAUACGCAAACACAGGCUGUUUAGGAAACGGCUCGCCGACCACAUACGAAGGGUCAAGCUUGAGACUGAAAAGAGAGAAGACGCGUUAGCAGAAGCAUACAGUAGAAGAGCUGCGGAGUGGCUGAAGAGGGUCGAGAGGAUAGAGCAGGGGCAGAAGAGGAAAGUCAAAGACGCCAAGAAUAGGGAGUUCUUCGAAAAAGUGUUCCCAGAACUCAGGAAACAGCGCGAAGAACGGGAGCGGUUCAACCGCCUCGGGGCGCGGGUGAAGUCUGAAGCAGAACUGGAAGAGAUUGCCGACGGCUUGCACGAGCAGGAGCAUGAGGACAAGAAGAUGAGGUCUCUGACCGUGGUGCCGCCGCUGCUGAGAGACCCGGGGGACAAACGGCCUGUCUACAUCGACACCAACAGGCGGUGUAUGGACAUGGAGGCGGAGCACGCGGAGCUGGAGCUGCGGAACGUGUGGUCGGCUGGCGAGCGCGAGGUCUUCCGCGAGAAGUACCUGCAGCACCCCAAGAACUUCGGACAGAUCGCCUCCUUCCUGCCGCGGAAGAGCGUGCGGGACUGUGUUAGAUUCUAUUACCUAUCAAAGAAAGCGGAGAACUACAAGCAACUACUACGCAAGCCUCGUCAGCGACGGCCGCCGCGCGGGCCUAGGCCUCCGCCCGAGCCCGCUGAGGUCAUCCUGCCGCCCGGGGUGACCACCCGGCUCCAGCGGUCGCAAGUGGCGCGCGCAGUGGACUCGAAGGAGCCCGCGAACGAGGACGCGCCCGCGCCGCCCGGCGCCGCCGCCAGCCCCGCCGCCAGCCCCGCCGGCCCGCAGAACAUCAACAGGCCAGAACUAAUCCGCACGCCGCCGCAGCCGCCGUCGCCGGUGCCGGCGGUGUCGGUGCCGGCGGUGUCGGCGCCGCCCGCGGCUGUGUCGUCGUCGUCGGCGCCCGCCGCCUCCCCGCCCGCUGCGCCUACGCCGCCGCCCGCGCCCAGCGGGACCGAGCCGCCCGCUAGUGCUAGUUCGACAAUAACGACGUCGUGUGCGCUGGCAUCGAUCCCGUCCCCCGGUGUUCCACCACCGACCACUACCACCACCGCAGCGAGCGCAGCGACCACAGCCACCAUAGCGAGCGCAGCAACCGCAGCUAUCGCAGCGAGCGCAGCAACCGCAGUGACCGCAUCGAGCGCAGCGAGUGGAGCAAGCUCAUCGAGCACGAGCAGCUCGUGGGCGGGACCAGGCAGCGCGCCGCCCACGCCGCAGCCCGCCCAGCCGCCCACGCCCACGCAGCCGCCGCCAACGCCCGAAGCUGCGGUGAUAGAGCGCAUAAGCACGCCAUCCUCGGUAACAACAAGCACGACAACGACAGUAUGUGCGCCGGCGCAGGCCAACUGUGCCGUGUGCAACAUGGCGGGCGCGACGCGGACCGUGUCGCGGUCUCGCGCGGUCCACUACGGGUUGAAGGAGGACGCGGUUGGGGCCAGGGUCUGUGAGCCGUGCCAUUGCAGAUGUGUAAGAUCCCGGUAUACGCGGUGUCCGGUCCCCACUUGUCCAGGCCCGAGGGUGAGGGCCAAGCGGCUCCGGCACCUGCCCCCGCGGUGGCACGACCUCGCCAUCGAGGCCAAACGACCUCUCAUGGAGGAGUUUCAAAUCCCGAGCGAGCUAAGCAAGUGCUGCUUGGCGUGCUUCAAGCGCAUCACGCGGCGGCUGGAGACGCUGGGCGAGGGCGGCUGCGAGCCCAGCGAGGAGGAGGCGGCGCGGUUCCGCGCGCUGGUGCGCGACCACGGCACGGCCUGGGACCGCAUGGCGCACGCGGCCGGCCGCACGCCCGCCAGCCUCAAGGCCUUCUACUUCACCUACAGGAAAAGAUUCCAACUAGACUCGCUAGUAUCGUCGCUCGCGCAGCCCAAGGGCAGUGAAAGCGACAGCAGCGUGGCCAGCUCCGGGGACACGGACACGGCGUCAGCGGAGUCCCCUAGGCCUCCGCCCCUGCCCGGCCCGCGCACCGACGCCGUCGCCCCCAAGGGCCGGCGCCGCGACGAGUACGACUCAUCAGCCACGGAAACAGCCGACGAGGAAAAUGAUGCCCCCACUGCAAAGGUAAUUAUUGAUAUAAUCCCCUCAAUAACCCUGUCGACGCCCGUGUCGUCGAGCGGGCCGGUGACGCCGCCCAGCACUGGGACCUCGACGGGCAGCACCGCCAGCACCGUGGCCCGCAACGGCCCGGGGGCCACGCUCGCGGGGGCCCUGGGCGCGGGCCCACAGCUCACCGUGCGGGACGUGGUCUUGAACAUGAUCGAGAUCAGUCUCAUGAAGAAUAACCAACCCGUGCCGCCGCCUAAACUGAUGCCGCCUAAAGUAACAUCAUCGACGGCGCAGCGGGAGUCCCUGGCGACGCUGAGCGUGGUGAACUCGUCGCACGUGGGCGUGGCGUCGCCCGUGUCCCCGCAGCGGCCCGCCACCAUCACGCCGCUGGCGCAGCCGCCGCCCGCGCCCGACGCGCUCAAGGAGGGCGUCGUCGUGCUCAUCGAGCCGAGGGACAGGAACGAGCCGCUGCUGGACCUCAGCGUCAAGAGGCCGAGGUUGGAACAACCCUCGAACGCGCCGCAGCAGAGCAUGGUGAAGCCUCCCUACCGCAACUCGACGGAGUACCCCCCGUACAGGCCGCAGCCGGAGAGAGAGUCCCCGACGCAGUACAACUCCAAGCCGAAGCCCGUGGCGGCGCCGCAGCGGCCCGCGGUCAAGCCCGUCCCGAACCCUAAAGGGUCCAUUACCUUAGGAACCCCAGUUGAGAACAGGUUCGACUCGAGAAGAACGCCGCCGGACCCGAAGACGGGCUCCAUCACCGCCGGGACCCCUGUCCACGGGUCCCACCACCUGCCGGACAAGAAGAGCUUCGAUUACUACAAGCGGCGGAGUCCCGGCGGCGCCGCCUACUACGCCGGCGUCGCCGGGCAGCCGCGGCCGCAGUCGCCUUCAUUCUCCCCGACGGGCGGAGGCGGCUACACGGGCCGCGCGUACGCGCUGGACAGCCGGCAGAUCAUCAUGACGGACUACAUCACGUCGCAGCAGAUGCACGGCGCGGCGCGGCGCGAGCGGCCCGAGCGGCCCGCCUCGCCGCAGUACCGCCGGGACGCCCCGCACCAGCCGCACCCGCACCAACAGCCGCACCCGCCGCACCCGACGCACGCCCCGCACCCGCCGCCCGUGUCCGUCAUACAGCGGCACACGCCGCACGUCUACCAGCAUCCGCAUCCGCACCCGCAUCCGCCGCCAGGUCACGAAGCGUUCACCUCGCUAGUGGACGUGGCGUCGGCCGCCACCGCGCUCCCCGUGCCGCGGACGGAGCCCAAGCAGGACAACAAGCUGCCCUCGCACCACCAGCACCAGCAGCACAACCAGCAUCCGCACCAUCAGGACAUCAGACUGCAAGACCGUAUGGCGCGCGACAUGGCGAUGCAGAAAUACCAUCAGCAUCAGCAGCAUCAGCAGAUGCAGCAGUACCAGUCGCUGGAGCGCGACCGCCGGACGCAGGCCUCUUACAUGGAGCGCGACAGACAGAUACAAAUGCAGCAAAACAGGGAACGAGAGCGUGCGAUGGCAGCGAUGCAGGAGCGGCACAUCGCGUUAGAACAUCAGAACCAAUUGUUACAUGAACGACAUCAUAUGCAGCAUCCACAGUCGUCACAGAGCCAGGAGACGGAGCGGCGACUGGUGCAGGGCCCCGCCUACAGCGCCGCGCCCAAGCACCGGGCGCUGACGCCGCUACACACCGAGAGGAAAGACCAGUAAGUUUAUAACUGUUAG